AUGGCUUCGGGAUCAGCCCGGUACCUGAGAUAUAUUCUCUUCGCAAUCUUCGGCCUUACGGUUGUCUACUUCAUAUCAUCUUCCUCCACACCCACGCUAUCGGGCAGCACGUCCGCAUGGACGGGGAUACCUGUGAAAGCUGGAACUGCACCUGAAUCUGCGGCCACGGGGACGACUCCGAACCCGCCACCCGCGCUUCCUCCUGCGACUGCCGAUGGCGCCAGAAUGAAUGCGACGUUUGUCACCCUGGCACGGAAUUCAGAUAUUUGGGAGAUUGCGAGGUCAAUCCGGCAGGUUGAAGAUCGAUUCAACCGCAAGUUCCACUACGAUUGGGUAUUCGUCAAUGACCAGCCCUUUGACGAGACGUUCAAGAAGGUCACCACUUCCUUGGUAUCGGGCAAAACACACUAUGGGCAGAUCCCCAAGGAACAUUGGUCAUUCCCUGAUUUCAUCGAUGAGGGGAGGGCUGAAAAGGUGCGCGAGGACAUGGCACAGCGCCAAAUCAUCUACGGAGAUUCUAUCAGUUACCGUCAUAUGUGCCGAUUCGAAUCUGGCUUCUUCUUCCGGCAACCAUUGAUGAUGAACUACGAGUGGUACUGGCGUGUGGAGCCAAGCGUCGAGCUUUUCUGCGAUAUCGAUUAUGAUCCGUUCAAAUAUAUGGCGGACCACAAGAAGAAAUACAGCUUCGUCUUGAGCUUGUAUGAGUAUGUGGAGACCAUCCCCACCCUGUGGGACAGCACCAAGAAAUUCAUGAAGGAGCACCCGGAGCACAUCGCUGAAGACAACUCCAUGGGAUUCUUGAGUGAUAAUGGAGGGGAAACUUAUAACAAUUGCCACAUGUGGUCCAACUUUGAAAUCGGUAAUCUCAAUUGGCUAAGAUCGAAGCCGUACAUUGACUACUUCAACUCUCUUGACCGGGAUGGAGGAUUCUUCUACGAGAGGUGGGGAGACGCACCGGUCCACUCGAUUGCAGCUGGCCUACUGCUACAGAAGGACGAAAUCCACUUCUUCGACGAUAUUGCCUACUACCAUGUCCCAUUUACUCACUGCCCAACCGGAGAGCAAAGAAGGAUAGAUUUGAAGUGUCAUUGCAAUCCAAAGGACAACUUCGACUGGAAAGGAUAUUCAUGCACGUCGCGAUACUUCGAGAUCAACAACUUAAAGAAACCCGAGGGUUACGAAGCUGAAAUGGAUUAA